UCGAGCUGGAAUGCUGGUUAUUUCACGAACGAAGAUAGCAGAGGGCAUUAAUAAAGAGCGUGGAAACGCAGCUAGAGGCUGAAAGCUUCCCCAGAGCGUAAGUCAAUCUCAUUCCGUCGUGUUCCUCGAAAUUACACAACCGGUUCUUCCCUUGCUGAGGGACUCUGUUCAACGAGAAGCUGCCCAGACUGAAGAGCUCUGGUGAAAUCUUGCUGCCGGAUAAGGGGACCUCAAAGAGCUACCCUACGCUCUGUCGUGCUAUCUGCUGCUCAGAGGAUAGAAUUCGAUGAACCCCGGAUCUAUGUGACCCGUAUCGCGGAGAACCCAGGAAACUUUAUUCGAUCGAGAUGUAAAUAGAUAUCGGAUGAAAGCUCCUCGUCAAGGCCUCGUGUCACGUAUCAACGAGAAUUGACAGGAUAACCUGCGGCAGAUCUUGGGGGUAAAAGACUCGUGCGUCAGGAUUAGACAUUCUUUAGGAUCCACUUGCCGUUGCGUCUGCCCCGUACAACUGGACCAGAGCAGAAAAGGGGUCCUCGAGGAUUAACCGACCCUCCUUUAAUAGCAAAGGAUCUUCGUAGGAUCAGCGGCAUUAGUCGGCGAAUCUUGUGGUCGUUCAAAGAUAUCUCCAGUCUCGUUCCCAGGGGAGGAGGCAUCAUACGGUGAAAUAAUAGCGUGUCGGUGAAAAAUAGAGUCUCACAGACUAAGCGUCUUUAUAGGAGCACGCGGGCAGAAUACUUCAUCUGGCAUUGACAACCUACUGCGUGUCAGAGAUUCCGUGCCCUCCUCGUCGUUCCUGAUCGAGUCUGUCGACGUCUGAAGCGUCGUAAUAUCAAAACGAUGUCAAAACGUGUCACCGCGAGAGCGCUCUAGAAUAGCGAUUGAACUUAACCCGGUGAUCUGAAGCUUGGCAAGAGAAAUUUGACGGUUCCACGAGCCUCUCCAGGUGCAGAGGCAACGAGAGGUCGAUGUUAUUUUAAUCUUCCCUACGAUUCGAUCGAAUCGAUCAACGAGUCCGACUUAGAUAAGGAGCCAAGUUGCUUUCGCGAUCAAGGGGUGAGCAAUGGCCUGGCAACUGGCUAACGAGACCAUCUUCGACACCGGCAAUUACGUGCUGAACGCUCUGUACUAUAUCAACAAGUUAAACAAAUCGGUGAACCCAGAGGCGAUCAAGUGUCUGGAACGCAAACACCAGGAGGAGCUGCAGCAGUUGUCUCUGGAGACACAGCAGACGGAUCAACAGGGAUGUGAGAUCAGCUGGGAUUCUUUAUUGUGCUGGCCAAAGACACCGCCUGCAACCCUGGCCACUCUGCCAUGCUUCGAAGAGCUGAAUGGAAUACGCUAUGACAGCACACGUACACAUUACACUAGGCCAGUAGAAGAAUUAAAUGACAAAGGAUACUAA